GGAAUUUGUUUGUAGCAGAAGGCGGAUUUAAAAUAGAAACAACCCCUCACUCAAGAAACCUCAGAGAAGCCAAAAAAAAAAGGCUUUCUUCCAAAAUCAAACGAUUUCGAUCUCUGAUCUGGGAUUUGUUACCAUGAGCGACGGAGAAGACGCUGUACGGCGCCGUAAUGCGAUUGCGGAGUACCGAAAGAAACUCCUUCAACACAAGGAGUACGAGUCCAGGGUUCGGGCAGGUAGGGAGAAUCUGAGAGCUGCUAAGAAGGAGUUUAACAAAACAGAAGACGAUUUGAAGUCUCUUCAGAGUGUUGGACAGAUCAUUGGAGAAGUUCUCAGGCCUCUUGACAAUGAACGCCUGAUUGUUAAAGCAAGCAGUGGCCCUCGCUAUGUGGUUGGUUGCCGCAGCAAAGUUGACAAGGAGAAACUGACUUCUGGAACUAGAGUGGUCCUUGACAUGACAACACUUACAAUCAUGCGGGCUCUUCCACGUGAAGUUGAUCCAGUUGUUUACAACAUGCUACAUGAAGAUCCCGGUAAUGUUAGCUAUUCCGCUGUUGGUGGUUUAUCUGAUCAAAUUCGAGAACUUAGGGAAUCAAUUGAGCUCCCUCUAAUGAACCCCGAGCUUUUCCUUAGAGUUGGGAUUAAACCUCCCAAGGGUGUCCUCCUUUAUGGACCUCCUGGUACUGGCAAGACAUUGUUAGCCAGAGCAAUAGCAAGCAAUAUUGAUGCUAACUUUUUAAAGGUCGUUUCAAGUGCAAUAAUUGACAAAUACAUUGGAGAAAGUGCGAGGCUGAUAAGAGAAAUGUUUGGAUAUGCUCGUGAUCACCAACCUUGCAUCAUCUUUAUGGAUGAGAUUGAUGCCAUCGGUGGACGCCGUUUUAGUGAAGGAACAAGCGCUGACCGUGAAAUACAGAGAACGCUGAUGGAGUUACUUAAUCAGCUUGAUGGAUUUGAUCAGCUUGGAAAGGUUAAAAUGAUCAUGGCUACAAACCGACCUGAUGUACUUGACCCUGCACUUCUUCGUCCUGGGCGGCUAGAUAGAAAAAUAGAAAUUUCAUUGCCGAAUGAACAAUCGAGAAUGGAAAUCCUCAAGAUCCAUGCUGCUGGCAUUGCUAAGCAUGGUGAAAUUGACUAUGAGGCUGUUGUUAAACUUGCUGAGGGUUUUAACGGUGCUGAUCUACGAAAUGUUUGCACGGAGGCUGGAAUGUCAGCGAUUCGUGCAGAACGUGAUUAUGUAAUCCAUGAAGAUUUCAUGAAGGCAGUAAGAAAAUUGAACGAAGCCAAGAAACUGGAAUCUAGUGCACACUACAGUACUGAUUUUGGGAAAGAGUAGAGAGCUUACUUCUUUUCCGUUUUUGGAAGCCAUGGAGUACGGGCAGUGCAUUAUAUUUUAGAUGUCUUCUAAUUUGCUCAAGUUAAAUGUUGGCCUUUAUUUAAGAAAUUCGGGAUGAUGUAUCUUUAAAUAUUACAGCUUUCACGACAAAGGGUUGCACAACAAUGUUGCCAUAAUUACAGCUUGAUAUGCUCCAGGCACUUGUUGUAUCUAUGGAGCCUAGGGAGGGCCAAAUUCAAGCUUGAUUAUGUUUUAUAAGAUUUGUUUAUCUAGUUAAAACCAAGUCUAAUUAGUUCGAAAAUACAUGAAUUCUAUUUAUUUUAUCCAGUGAAAUUUUCAUAUA